UGUUAUUUAUCAAAUCAAUACCCGUUAAUUCAGUAAUUUUUAGCUGUGUUCAAUUUGUUAUCUAAAAUCUCAUUUUAAAUUUGCACCAAGGUUGUCAAACAAUCGAUUAUUUUAAACAAAUUCGAUGAAAUGUAUACCCGCUAUGAGUAGAGAUUCAGCUCGACCUGCAAUGUCCUAACACCAUGAGAAACAAAGUCGCACCAGAGGAACCGAGCAAGGUAUAAAACUGUGCGUAGUCCUCAUUAAUAAGUUCAAUUUUAACCUACCUCCCUAAAGAUUCCUCAGGUGUUCCUGGUUGAAACUGUUGAAACAAGCCAACCACGGUCGUCCCAGCACUCAACUUCUCCAACAUGUGACAAAUCAGCGUGCCAGUCUGGCCUAGAACCACUCCUCCGAUCCAGAGCCAUCCUGUACCGGGAACGACGCGAGUGCUCCUGCUGCACCUCACCAACCUACGAGAUCAUCGACGAGCAGGACCAAGUACUGUACGAAAUCCGUGAACUGGACGGUUUUUGCUGUUGCGGUCCGAAUAUCGCACUGGCGACGAACGCAUACGGCUCGAAGGUGCUGCACUUUCGUAUGGAUCAAUACUGCGACGGGUGCUUUCUGGCGCCAUACAAGGGCAUUUCCGUGUCCGAUGCCACGGGUCAGCUGUUGGGAUCGGUGGAAAUGCAGUUUUGGUCGCUGAAGAAUCGGUUCGAUGUGCUCGAUUCGGACGGACGAUUGCUGUUUAAGAUUACGAACAGGACGAAAUUUUGCGGGGCUCAAACGUUUUACGUGCACGAUCGGGAGAGAAAGAUGGCGGGAAGGAUUUUGCAGGAAGGAAUGGGAUUUUGCUACAAAAUUGAGUAUUUUCAAGGAUUGGAUUUGACCGCGAGAGUUACGCUGAUUGCUGCCACGAAAUUUAUUAUUUAUCAACUUAAAGCUGCUCGUUCAUCCCAUUAACUUCUUGCUUUAAGAAGUAUUUUAAAGCGAAUAUGUUCUUCAACUUUUUCAUUCAUAUCCUUUACAUUUUAUUGUUAAAUCAUCUACAAAGUGUUGCAUUUUCAUAUUUAUUCCGUUUAUUCAAUCACACUUUGGAUUGAUGUCCUACACAAUAAAAACAAUCA